CUUCUCGAAAGCAGGCUAAUUAGCAGGCCCUGCACAAUUCAGCACACUGCAUUUUGUAUCAUAUUUGACAUAUGUACCAGUAGUAUAUUCUCUCCACAUGGAGAGAACCAUGGGGAUUCUCCUGUGACCUUUUUCUGUGCUUGUAACAGUCUAAUUGGUUGCUUGUCCUUGUGGUUGCAGAUUGAUCUCCGAGCCACCGAUGUCCAGCUAAUGCGGCAACUCCUCCUCAUCAAUGAAAGCAUCGAAUCCAUCAAGUGGAUGAUUGAAGAAAAAGGAGCCAUCACCAGCAGGGGCAGCAGCUUGAGUGGCAGCCUCUGUAGUUUGUUGGAGAGUCAGGAGACCUCCUUGAGGGGCAGCUACAACAGCUUACAAGACUGUAGUGAUGGACUGGAUGGAAUAUCUGUGGGAAGUUACCUGGACACUUUGGUGGAUGAUAUCCCUGGCCAGCAUACUCCUUCAGAUGUGGACCAGUUCAGUGACUCUUCUCUUAUAGAUGACUCACAGCCACUACAUAAACAUCCCAAGAUUGAAUCCAAUGAGUACUACUGUUUUGGUUAAUAAAAUGAAGUUCUAGGAGAGAGACUUGUGCACUUGUAUUUAUGAUUCCUCUAUGCUGCUAUUUGAUGUAAGCAUUUUAAAGCACCUUUAUAAAAGACAAUGUACUUUAAAUUUGCUCUACUCUGUCGGUUGCUGCUCCUAGAUCUUUUUUUUUUCCCCUCUCUUCCUGGAUGGCUGCCCUCUUUUUGUUAUUUUAAUUUAUUGUUGUGAUUCCUU